UCAAUGGCCAUGUUAUGAUACUUGGCUGCCCAAAAACUUCAACGAUUAUUUCAAAACUUGGGGCUACUGAUGGAGAUGAAGAGAUGCACUCUGGCACCUAGAUGUAUGACCAUCGAGAAAUACGAUGGUAAAUAAGAGUACGUGAUGCAGGUUAACGUUUUACAUGGCACUAUACUUUGAAGUUGGCUUUGAAGAUCAAAUGUAAACAAGGCAUCAGGGGCUGAAGAUUACCUUCGGUAAAAAAUCGAUCUCCAUCUUUGCUGAGGUCUAGAGACUUCAUAUAUUUACGCGUUUUGCGAAAAGCACUGAGAAAUCUUUCUAGUCAAGGUCUGUUAGAUACACUCCUGUCUACUUGCAAAUUUAAACGGGAAUUCAAUACUAUGAUCACAGAACGGUUUAUCGUCCUUCCCUACACCAAGGAGACGCGCCGAACCACUAGAUUCAUAGAACGUUUCAUCUUCGCAUCGUGUUUCGUGGUUUGUGUGAUCUUUUUGUACAACGACAGAUAUAUACACGAUCUUUUGACGAAGAAUGAACGAUUAUACAAGAUGUAUCGGCGGCGAGAAGAACGGCACAAUGACUCAUCGACCCCAAGGCAAGCUGGUUUCCUGGAAAAUCUCGACCAAAACGAAUCAAGAAGCCGCACUUCCAAUCAACCGUCACAAUGUCGACCCCGAAAUAACAUUGUAUUCCUUAAAACUCACCGCACAGGAAGUUCAACCAUUACUAACAUCAUCAACCGAUAUGGUGACUCACGUAACUUGACGUUUGUUCUUCCAAAGAAAGGAAAAUAUCGUCUUCGCUGGCCCUACUUAUUCAACACAGCAGCCUACGCACCUCUGCAAGGCCGAACACCCAACAUACUAUGUAAUCACGCGCGCUAUAACCGUGAGGAACUGGACAGACUAAUGCCGAAGGACGUCGCACACGUGACUAUAAUUCGCGACCCCGCUGACCAGUUUUCGUCUGUGUUUGAAAAGUUUAAACUUGGUGAAAUACUUGGGAUUAACAGUAUGGAUUCUUUGAGUGAAUUUUUAAGUAAUCCGUGGUUUUAUUUAGAGAAAGCGCUUGAGAACGAGAAUAUUCAAGCCGUAGAGUUUCACAGGCUACAGCUGGCACGCAAUGGGAUGAUGUUUGACUUGGGGUUUGAUCCCCUGGACUAUGACAACACAGAUCGCAUUCGACGAUAUAUUGAACGCUUAGAUAAGGAAUUUAACCUGGUUAUGUUAACCGAAUACUUCACUGAAUCUUUGGUUCUUUUAAAGUAUCUCAUGUGUUGGGAUUUCAACGAUGUUCUGCACUUCGCCUUGAACGCGCGAACUCAUUCAAACCAAAAAACUCCUCUUACGGAAUAUUUGAAAAGCAGAAUUCGAGAGUGGAAUCAAGCAGAUUUCCUACUGUACAAGCAUUUUAACGAGUCGUUCUGGACAAAAGUUAACACGUACGGCGAGGGAUUCUUCAAUGAUGUAACAAUUUUAGGCAAUAAAAUUAAACUCUGGGAAAAUGCCUGUAGAGCGAUGGAAGAUCGAACAAAAUUUGACUCUAAAGAAAUAGGAAAUUUAGAAAGUACAUUAGAGAUGUGUAGAAAACUGAUCAAAAACGAGACUAGUUAUAUUGAAUAUUUUCAACAUAGACAAAAUAUCUGAGCUUUGGGAAUAAAGAUAAAAGUAGCUCAAGAGAACUACGCUAUUGUCAGGCAAAGUCGCAGCUGGAUGUGUUAACGAGAUACAAUUUGCUGCGCUCAGCAUUACAGAGGUAGACUUCUAUUCUUCUUCUACUAUGUAGACGGGAAAAAACCACUCUACCUUUGGUAUAAUGGGCCCAUUUCCGACCACGUUUCAUUCCCUUAUAUAUCAUUUCUUUGUUUAACGGUUGCACAAUAGAAGACAUAUGGCAUUAUAAGGCAGUAGUCUAAAAUGGGAAAAAACCCAUUCCAGUCACACCCAAGAGUAACGUCCAAUUUAUCUCAAUAGCAUCUUAAUGGAGAAAAAUUAGUCGUAAAGAUCUAAACAUCCACAGAGUCACCUAUAGAAACAUGAUGUGUACAGUCCUUUGAAAAACGUUUGUCGCUGACCGCCUUCACAGCUAGGACUUGAACCAGUGCCGCGAUCAAAAAAAAAAUUUGCAUUCUUUUUUUUUUGCAACAUUUUGUAAUAG